UACGAUGUAAAUGUCUCUUGUCAAGGACGUACACGACAUGCACCUCCAAUACUCAAAUUGAAGUAAACAGUUGAUACGGUGUAGAUGUUUCUUGUCUAAGUGUUACUGCUUCUUGAAGACAUUCCAGCUUUUUUCAGUUAGCUGUGUCAGCUAAUUUCCAUUUUUGGGAGGAUGCCAGCUAGCAGUGGUGUUAUGGGGGAGGAGUUUGAAUCGGUGCCGCUGCAGCCAUUUUUACACCAGGUCAGUGGACACACGGGGAUGUUCCGAUUUGACGACCAGACGGUGUGUAAACCACUGAAUGUCAGAGAAUACAACUUCUACCUCAAUGUUCCACACAACCUCAAACAGUUCACUGCGGAAUUCAGAGGAACUAUAGAAGUGGAGAUUCGUGAGGACAGUGAUGGGUAUGUGACCAUCAUGGGUCGUUUACCUAUGUCAACUAAAUGGCAAAAAUCCUCUAACGGUGAAAACCUUGCAGGCAGGGCUCAGCAGACAGAUAAGAAAGAGGAGGGACAGCACAGUUUGCGACUGUUACGGAGUGGCAGCGUGGAGGUGAGUACACAGACGGACCAGGUGUUCCACUCCCGAGACUCGGACCGAAAAACAGAAAACAUCAACCCCUGGAGUCUCAGGUGUCACAAAAAGACACUGUCCAAACUGAGGAAAGCUAACCAGGGCCCUGUCACACACUGCAAGUUUAUAUUGUUGGAGAACGUGGCAGCUCAGUUCUGUCAUCCGAGCAUUCUGGACCUGAAGAUGGGAACCAGGCAACACGGAGAUGACGUCUCCCCCGACAAGAAGGAGAGAUUCAUGAAGAAAUGUCAGAACACGACCUCCAGCAGCCUUGGGGUCAGGGUCUGUGGGAUGCAGGUUUAUCAGGAAGACAGUGAUAAAUAUAUAUGUGUAAAUAAAUACUAUGGGAGAAGUUUGGGGGUUGAUGGCUUUAAACAGACCUUACACCAGUUUCUUCACAAUGGGUAUGAGCUCAGGAAAGACCUGCUGGACUCCAUCAUUAAAAAACUCAAAGACCUUCACCGACAAGUUCAGUCUCUAGACACGUAUCGUUUCUACUCUAGUUCUCUCCUCGUCAUGUACGACGUCCGUUCACAGGACAAGGACGUGGAGGAGGCCAGUGCCCAGUCUAACAUUGUGGACGUUCGGAUGAUCGAUUUUGCCCACAGUACCCAUAGUGGGUUUCAGAACGAUACCACGGUCCACACUGGGCCAGACCAGGGCUAUCUGUAUGGAUUGAAAAGCUUGAUUGAUGUUUUUACAGACAUGCGAUGAUUGUUAUUUUAGAAGACUGAUCACUCAGUUUGUAGACAGGGUUCUUAGAAGACAUGUGCCCAGGAAUUUUAUUAUGAAUUAGGGGUUGUUUCUCUGGUUGAGCCAAGUGUUUCUCAAUGUAAACAUUGGCCUAUUGUUCUACAGUUUUUAAAAAAAAUUUUAUACACAUAUAUCGAAACUUCUGGUGUUGUUAGUAAAUUGCAACAAAAGGAAAAAGUUUCAUUGGCAUAUCUGAUAUUUUAAUAGCACAAUAAAACUAGUUUUAAUGAGUAAAGAACUACUUAAAGAGUAACAAAAAUACAUGUCUAACAAAAAGGAGGGUGCUAAGAUAUACCCACCACAUAAUCAACUUUUGAAUUUUUUUAACUUUAUGAGGAGAAAUAUUGAUAAUUGUUUUUUUUUUAUUUUGGAGAGAGUUCACCACUGUGAGUGAUUAUUAUAUAAAUGAUUUUCUUUUCAAAUGGCAUUACAGUGAACUUUGAAGCAAAAAAGCUUGAUUUAGUUUUGCGGUGAUAAGAAGUUGGAAUUUAUGAAGAAAAUGUGUUCAAACUUGAUUUCUUGUCAGUGGGCUGAAGGGAGACUAAUGUGAAAUUUUCAGAAACCAAUGAAAAAUCAAACUUACAAUGAACAAAUAAAUAAAAAAAAAAUUUCUAAGACCUUGCCUAUAGGUUUUAGACAGAGUAUUUAGAAAAGAAACAUAGAAGAUAGUAAUAAGUGAAAAUAAAUAAA